AUGCCCACCAGAAACAGAACAUAUAUUUCAGUUCCAUCGAAACCCACAAUAAUCUCUGUAAAACCAAUCAAUGCCACUGCAGUACGUGUUAGUUGGAGUAAACCGGUCACCGAUAAUGGUGGUAAAAUCAAGGGAUACUAUGUGUUCUAUGAUCUUGUUGACCGGACAAAUUUCAAACAACAUACUGUCAUUGGUGAAGAGACAUUAAGCAGCAUUAUCACUCGUUUAGUACCAAAUACGGAGUACAAAGUAUUUGUAUCUGCAUUUAAUAUACAUGGUGAUGGAGAACUGACAAGUGGUUAUAAAUUUGUUACUCCUGGAAUGCCCCCAUCUGAACCAUUGGUUUAUGGCAUUGAAUUUUUAAAUGAGAAGCCGUUCAAUAGACCCUAUCGAGCUCGCAUUACAUGGGGGCCGCCGAAGGAAACUUACGAUAUGCCAAUUAAGCAGUACAUUAUUUGGUAUAAAUCAGAUCUUGAAAACGAGUAUCAUCGACAAGAAGUGAAUGACAGCGCACAUAGAAUGACUUUAGAAGUGGAUGAUUUAUUGCUGGGACGUGUGUAUGAAUUUAAUAUCGCGGCAGUCACUGAUGAAGGUGUUGGUAAUAACGCUACCGAGAAACUCUCUACUCCUGAUGGGAUUCCAGGAAAAGGACCCUUAAAUUUGCGAUAUGAAGUUAAUGAUCGCCAGAUGACAAUUCUUUGGGAUCCUCCACCUUCAAAUAGUCGUAACGGUAAAAUUGAACGGUAUGAAACUUGGUUGGAACCAGUGAAGCCUCAAGAAGCAGCUAUUGUCAAAAAUGUGACGGACGGCGAGAAGAUUACGUAUAAUUUUAAUGCUCGUCAGUCAUACAACUUUAAAGUCGCUGCUGCCACCAGUGAGGGGCUUGGUCCGUUCUCUCAAGUGCUAAAUAUUGACCCGGAUCCGAAUGGUCUUUAG